AUGGCCAGCCUCAGGCCCGCCGCAGACACGACCGCGUCAACCGAUCGCCAUUGGUCCACGUCAGCCUCCUCAUCCCUAGACGCGUCAGCGUCAAGCUCUCUCCCAACCCCCUCCACAGCCACUAAUAAUACAGAAAUUCGUCUCCCGCUGUACGCGGCGACGACGCACACCAGCGGUCUGCUGGGCCUGCACCUGCCGGCCGACCAAUGGCUGCCCGCCUCCACUCACGCCGAGCCGCUGCCGGCCAGACGCCGCAAGGAGAGACUGUCUCGCGCGGGCGAGCUCGCCGAAACUGCGACGUCGCGAGUGGAUUUCGCGAAACGGUCAUUAUCGCAACACGACCAGCAGCAGCCGCAGCAACAGUUUCAGCUGCCAUGGCAAAAUGAGGCGAAAGCUUCCCACCGUCAUAGCGCUGGCUCCGCUGUCGCAGUGCAUUCUCGUGCGUUCGCGUCUGCGACUGCGGCUGGGACUGCGACUGCGACAGCUUCGGCGACAGCGACGCCGUCGGGGUCGCCCGGCGUGCUGCGCGGCGACGACGUGGAGUUCGACAUCGACUUCCACUUGCACGAGCUGCUGUCGCGCGCGCGACAUGCGACGAGUGCGACGGGGGCGCGACAUGCUGCGACGGACCUGACGAGCGCGGGCGAGUGGCGGGAGGUGGCGGAGCUGAAGCUCGCGCUCGGCGCGCUGAUGGGGCGCGUGACGGCGGAACUGGCAAAAGCGGGUGUAGCGGUCGGAAUGGGGAAGAGUGAGGCGAAGGCGGAGCGGAGGGCGGAGCGCAAAGUUCGGCUGAGUCCGGCUGUUAGUCGGCUGGUCAGCGGCGCCGUCGCCGGUGGCGU